AUUGGUUAAAUAAUUAAUAAAUUCUAGUAAAUCGAUGAUUUUCUAAUGUGAAAAAGUAGUACAUAUGUAAUAAUAUGUGCUAUAGCAAUCAAUAGUUAAGAUUUGCAAAAAUGUUUGAGUGGGCAUAUAGCGGCGCAAACAAAGCGGUACCCAGAAAUGUAGGGCCCGAAUGCGCAUACUUUUUAACACCAAGAAGGCAAAUAAUUGAAACAAUUAUUGUCACGUCGAUCUGCCUUUACACCGCAAUUAAAACUUACCCAAAGUUGCAUGUACCAGAAGAUGUAAAUUAUGUAAGAAGUGACAGAGGCGGUAAAAGACUUCUAGUUAUUCUUCUGGCUUUGCUAUGGGGUAUGGAGAUAGGUUUCAAAUUCGCUUCCCGCACAGUGAUAUAUUUGUUGAAUCCAUGUCAUGUCACUACGCUGAUACAGAUUUACUUACUGGCCGCACCACCUAGCAAGAUGGUGACUGUACUAUUUCGAAUACAUUUAAACCUAUUAAAUGGACCCUUAUUAGCAUUUUUAUUUCCUGAAACAGCUUCUAGAACGAUUUUCGCAGAAGCUGCUUUAUACUGGAUACAACAUGGAAUGAUGUUUGUGAUACCUUACUAUUUGCUUCGAAUUGGUGGUGUAUACAAUGUGGAACCUUUAUGGGAUUUUAAUUGGUCAAUAUUCAGCUAUUGUCUCAAUAUGUUGUACCAUUUCACAGUUCUACAGUUUAUUGCAAUUCCUGCCCAAGUGAACCUCAAUCACAUGCUGUGUCCUGCCAUUCUGGAUCCGUUUGACGGGCCUUGGUACCGCAUUGCAGCAGUAUUGCAUCAGUCGAUACUUUGCCCAAUGCUCUAUUCUGUCGCGCAUGUUUAUGAACCUAAUUUGACGUCUUAAAAAUAUUUUCAAAUUAUAAAUUCUGUGCAACCAAAUCAACACAAGUCCGCCCACGUUAAUAUUAGAUGCUAGUGAAGUCGAAGUCGCAAGACCAAAACCAAAAAAGGAACUACAUAAUGUAGUGAUACUGUGUCGAAAACUCUAUUAAAUAACAUAUUUUUAACAAGUUCUUAGGUUUUCGCGAUUGUUACACAUAGGAAAUGAAACUAUUUUUUUACCGGAUUUAUAUCGCGUAUAUUUGUUUUUUCAAACAAACCGACGUCCGGAAAAAUAGUUUAAUUUCCUGAACAUAUUUUUAAUUUACCAGUUUUGUCAGUUUAGGCAAGAUCGAGUUGUUUAAAAUUGGUUUUGUUUGAAAAUUUUAUAAUAGUACUUAUAAGUACAGAUGUUUCAAAAAGUGCUUUACGUAGAUAAAAUAUGACAGCUACGUGAGCUGUAUGCUGAACAAAGGUACAUAAGAUGUAACUUAACAAAAUUUACAAGUUCUGACUUGAAAAAACUCCCUGAAAAAUUCAAAGAGUAGUUUCCUAACUUAGAUUUUAAAUUUAAAGAAGUUGCCUUUAAACGAGAAGCCUUUGCCUGUUUUUUUUUUUGGCUAAUAUGUAAAGUUAAAUAUGUGAUUGAAAAAACCAAACGUUUUAACUUUAUAACUAUUAAUUUAAUACUAUUAUAUAAGUAUGUAGUCAAUUAAUUUGAUCAACGGUGAUGUUUUCUAAAAUGCGAACGGUUCUAUGUGAUAGGUAGAGUUAGAAAAUUAAGAUGCUAGUCUAUGAAUUUAUGAUACAUACACAUUGUUCGUUUCUAUCAUGCACAGGC